UUUCUGUGUGUAUUCCUUUGUUUUAACUUGUCAUUGGGACGACCCCAACUGGAGACCGGUAUAAAAAGACGGGCAAUCGCUUCGAAAAGGGGCCAGAGAUUCUUUAGCGAUUGUUCUUCGCCAGCAGUUAAACAGCAAAAGUGAAAUGAUUCGAGCAGUAAUUUUGAUCUGCGUCAUAGCAGCCGCGUCUUCCGCACCAACGGGUCAGUACACGAUCAACGUGGACGGACCAGAAGGUCGUCACGUUCAAACAGGAGAACCGGGUAAAUCCGUCUCUGGCUAUUACACUUCCCGGAGUUUGGACGGUUUGAUGGAAUACAAGACGACGUACGAAGCGGAUGAGAAAGGCUAUCGUGCAACAGGAGAUCAUUUGCCCGUCCCUUCCGUCCCUGUUGUUCGCUCGCUGGAAGCCGCCCCGGGUUACGUCUUUAAAUACGAUGCUCCCGGAAGUCACAGCCACUACAUGACGGGAGAGCCGGGCAAAUCCGUCCAAGGAUCUUUCACGUAUACUGAUAGUGAGGGAAGGUCUCGACGGGUUGAUUACGAAGCCGAUGAAAAUGGCUAUCGCGUUAAACCAACCCAAGAAGAGGAAAAACCCAUUGAAAUCAGCAGUCAAAGUGAUGCCGAAGUCGUUCAAGCUUCUGCUGCAGUUGCCGUCGUACCUAUUCCGGAGACUGCCGCCGCAUCGACUGCUGAAAUUGCGGCUGAACCUGUUCCAGAAACGCCCGUCGCUCCAGCUGCCUCACAAACUGCGGCUGAACCUAUUCCGGAGACGGUUGUCGAUUCAGUAGCUAAAAUUGUGGUUGAACCGAGCCCAGAUGUCGUUGCUGCUCGUGUCGAUGAAACAGCUGUGCCUGAACCUGUUGCCGACCUUGCACCUGAACCUGUUGCCGAACCCGCCGCUGAACCUGUUGCCGACCCUGCACCUGAACCUGUUGCCGAACCCGUCGCUGAACCUGCACCGGAACCUGUUGCCGAACCCGCCGCUGAACCUGCACCGGAACCUGUUGCCGAACCCGCAGCUGAACCUGUCGCCGAACCGGAACCUGUUGCCGAACCCGCAGCUGAACCUGUCGCCGAACCUGAACCUGUUGCCGAACCCGCAGCUGAACCUGUUGCCGAACCCAUACCUGAACCCGUCCAGUCGUCGGCCGUGGCUGAAAGUGAAUCGAAACCCAGUUCGCCAGCAGUCUUCGCCGUGCCCAUUUCUUUGUCCAGCGCGGCUUACUACAGCCUUCCGGCCAGAUUCGUCCAGCCCGCAUUUCAUUACGCUGCCCCUCACGCUUACGGCUACAACGUCGCUUAUCCUCUGACAGGAGGUAAUUACGUUUACGCAAUUUAAUUAAACUCGAUUACGCCCCUCCUUUUUUUUUUCUUUCCUGAAUCUAAUCGAAUUCAUUUUCCCCGUCAUCUCCGACUACCCAAUUGAUUCGUCUUUUAUUCCUUCUCGCAUCGCCGAAUCAAAAUCUCUUUUAACUGUUUUCGCUACUGUUACGGAAAAAAUAAACGAAUUCGAUAAGAAA